UCCCAACCCUCCGCUCCGCUCCGCCCUUCUAAUCUGCUUCGCCUCUGGCUGUUGUGCCCCGCCCGGGGGGUUCGGUUCCAUUCUCAGGGAUCCAUUCUCAUCAGGGUCCCACCCGCCUCGUUUCUCGGCGGUGCACUCUGCUGGGUUCUCCUACGUUUGUCCCCGUGCCCUCCGUCCGCACCCUCCCAGCAGAGCCUGGAGCGUUCCGUCCACCCGAACGCUUUCCGCCGCCGCUGAGUCCGCUGCGCCUUCGGCGGAACUCAGACGUCGUAGACGUGUUUCCAGAGGAGUGAGUUCGCCGUGCUAUUUGGGACUUCCGGAGCUUGCGCUGGCCGCUGCUGCGCAUGGCGGAGCUCAGAGUCCCUACCCGGGAGGCACUAGCAGCCCCAGGCCGGAGAACUAAACGCGUUCCGCGCGCACCCCGGCCCCCUCACCCAGCUUCCGGUGCCUCGGAUCCUCCCCUUCUGAGUUCAGUGCAACCUGUAUGUGACUCCGCCACUAAGGCACAUCCCGUAGGCUCUUCAGCGUCGAUGAAGCAAAAGAAGAAGAAAACCCCGAACAGGGUCUCUGUAACAAAUGGAGACCAAAAGACCUCCGAGAAACCGGCCCCAGACGAAGCUCCCCCCAGUGCUGAGGCUCAGGCAAGGCAGCUGGCUCGGGAGCUGGCCUGGUGUGUGGAACAGCUGGAGCUGGGUCUCAAGAGGCAGAAACCCACCCCGAAGCAGAAAGAGCAGGCUGUGGGGGCAAUCCGAACCUUGCGCAGUGAAAAAACUCCCUUGCCCCGGAAGAGACAGCUGAUGCGGUCCUUGUUUGGGGACUACAGGGCUCAGAUGGAUGCGGAGUGGCGGGAGGCCCUGCGGGCUCUGAAAGCCGCUCCCCAUUCAGCCCAGGUCCAGCUUGUGGGUGAGGCUGCCAGAAAGAAGAGCGGAAGGGUCUGCAGGCUUCGUCCAGCAGAAAGAACAAAGACCAGUCCAGACUUUACGGAUGAAGAGUUCCGGUUCAAUUUCUUUUAGGGUCGCCUCCACUCUGGACCAGUCAUCCUCCUCCGGGGUAGUGUGGAGAUUUGUCUGGAGCGAAGGGCUUUUCCAGGAAUUCCCUUGGCCAAAGUGGGAUUGGUUUGCUCCUCGCUGCUUUGUGGACAGGAAGCUGUUGGCCGGUGUGAGGUUGCUGUGUGUGGAAACUUUUCAAGGAAAUGUAUCUUCUGUCAGAAGAGAGAUGCAGAUGGGAAAUCUAUGAUAAGGGUGGUUGAGUGUUGAGGGGUUUGUAGAAAGACAUUCUUGCUCCGGUCUCCAGGGUGAUAAGGAACUGUGGAGAAGCUGCCUACACGCAGGGCUCACUUUUGAAGGGAUGCCCUGGCCGUUUGGUUUAGUGCUUUAUCUAUUGUUACAUCACCCUGAUUAAUAAAUCUUUUUUAAAGAACUAGGAUGAUGAGUGAAAGAGUGUGCUGUCUGUGUUGGAGGAAGUGAGGUGAGGCAGGGGCUGUGCUGCUUGGUCAGUGUGUCAAUGUCAGGGUUUAGUAAUCUGUCAGUGCUUCUUUUUUUUCUGAGCAGGUUUUCUACAGGGAGCCAUUGUGGCCUCCAUCAAGACACGUAUUAUUGCUAACAAGCCAAGGAACUACUUGCCUUGACCUGAACUGAAUCUUAGCAGAUUCAGUUUUAAAAAAGUCUUGAUGUGUUUGAGUAUGUGUGUGUAUGUGGGUAUGAGUUUGCUAGGCCCAUGUGUGGAGGCUCAGUCUUUAGAUUCUGUGGUAGUGGUAUUUAUGGCUUUGUCUGGCUCUUUAGGCCAGAGAUCUGUGUCAUUCUUGAUUGCUGUCUUUUUCCAACACUGUGUAUUCAAUACUUUGUGGUAGGGUAGGUUGAGGGUUGGGAGACUGGGGGUUAGUAGAUCAGGAUGUUAAGAUUAGCUGAGGGUCAGGGGUUCUGUCUGCUUCUGACAUUAGGGUUAUGCUUAUUAGGAUUUAUUUAAAAUUCUGUCUCUGUCAAGAUGAUCUUACUGUUGUGUAAUAGUUUAAAAAUAUUUUUAUUUUGUGUGCAUAGGUUUUUUGCCUGCUUGUAUGUAUGUCUUCCAUAUGUUGCUUGAGUUUGUAGAGGCCAGAAGAGGGUGUUGGAUUCCUUGGAACUGGAGCUACAUGGUUGUGAGCUGCCAUAUGGCUGCUGGGAACCGAAUCUGGUCCUGUGUAAGAGCAGCGAGUGCUCUUAACAGCUGAGUCAUCUCUCCAGUUCCUACAAGAACUACAUUUUAAAACACAUUGUAGCCUAUACCAGCGUGGACAGAGGGACUAAAAACGGGAUAGUUUGACCUCCUCCCUUCAAGAUCAUCCAGAGCUCAGGGGAUGAGGGGUAUCUCUCAAAAUCUCUCUCUCUUUUAUUUAUUUUUUAUUUUUUGUUUCUUUGUUUUCAAGACAGGGUUUCUCUGUGUAGCGUUGGCUAUCCUGGACUCACUUUGUAGACCAGGCUGGUCUUGAACUCACAGGCAAAAGCCUGCCUUUGCCUACUGAGUGCUGGGAUUACAGGCAUGUGCCAGCUCACCCAGCUUGUUUGUUUUUUUUAAGACAGGGUUUCUCUGUGUAGUCUCGGCUAUCCUAUAACUCACCCUGUAGACCAAGCUAGCCAAACUCAGAGAGCCACGUGCCUCUGCCUCCCGGGUGCUGGGAUUAAAGGCGUGAGUCAGCACCACCCAGCAUCUGCAUGGUCUUAAAUCACCAAAGAUUAAAAUUAUUGAUAAAACACAAACGUAAAAUAGACUUUAAAGGGGACAAACAAAUCUCAGCCUAAACAUGCCUUCCCACUAAGUGCUGUGUCUGAGCUACUGACACGCCUUGUAAAACAACCUCAGGUACCUCAUCUAUAAUACAGAAAUGAACUUUUUAGACAGUUUAUCCAAAUUGAUCAGUAAUUGUAGCUCCACAUGCUCUGGUUUUCUUUUGUUGUUGUUUUUUGUUUUUUUGUUUUUGAGACAGGGUUUCUCUGUGUAGCCUUGGCUGUCCAGGACUCACUUUGUAGACCAAACUGGCCUCGAACUUACACUGAGCUGGCUGCCUCUGCCUCCCAAGUGCUGGGAUUAAAGGUAUGUGCCACCAUGUCCGGCUUGCUCUGGUUUUCUUAAUUUUCUUUUGACACUUGUUAUUCUAUGGGUACAACACAAGAUUGUCUUCCUUUUCUUCUGUCUCAACCUUCAAAUUAUUCUUUGUAUUAAGCUACAUUAUCUUAUGUAUAUGGUGCUUUGCCUGCAUGUAUGUCUGUGUAACAUGUGUGUGCCUGAUUCCCACAGAGGUCAGAAAAGGUCAUCAAAGCUCCUAGAACAUGAGUUACAAAUGGUUGUCAGCUACCAUGUGGGUGCUUGGAAUUGAACUUGGGUCCUUUGUAAGAGCAGCCAAUGCUCUUAAGCACCCUUAAGCCAUAUUCUUUUUUUUUUUUUUUCCUCAUAUAUUACUUCCCAACCACAGUCUCUUUCCCCCAGUCUCUUCCAGCCACCUUCUCUCGCCCCCAGGCUCACCCCCUCCUCUCUGUCUCGCUUCAGAGCAGAGCAGGCCUCCCAGGGACAUCAACCACACUUGGCAUAACAAGCUACAGUAAGACCGGGCAUGUACCAUCACAUCAAUUACGACUCAUUUUUCCUAUAUUUUUUUAUUAUGUAUACAGUGUUCUGCCUGCAUGUUCACCUGCACACCAGAAGGGGGCACCAGAUCUCAUUAUAGAUGGUUGUGAGUCACCAUGUGGUUGCUGGAAAUUGAACUCAGGACCUCUGGAACAGCAGCCAGUGCUCUUAACCAUCAGUGCUCUGAGCCAUCCCUCCAGCCCUUAAGACUUAUUCUUAAUGUAAUAUCACCAAUAUGAUUAAAAAAACCAACAACACAAUCCAAGGAACUAUAUUGAAGGAUGGCUUUUCUAAAGCAAACAUGGCCAUGGCUUUCCCUGCUCUCACCUUCUCUGUGGUCACUGAUGGGUACAGUCCUAUUCCUCUUAACUCCUGCAUUUAUUCCUUAAGAUUUGUGUCUUCUUGGGCAUGUGUCUUCUUGAAUUUCAAACUCAACUGCCAGGGAUUCCAGCUACUGGAAGAAUGAAGGUAUGGAGGUAUGAAGCCUGCUCUUCAGUAGAUGAAAUAGGGGGUGCUGUCCCUCUUAGGCAGAGGCCAUGCUCAUCAUCAGUAUGGAAGUGGUAACAGAAGAUCAUUUGAUCAUCACUAUCAUAGUCUGACUUUCUUUCGCUGUGAUAAGCCACUCACCAAAGGCAACUUGGGGAGAAAAGAGUUUGUCUUUCAUGUCCUUACUGUUGUCCAGCACUGAGUGAAGCCAAGUCAGGAACCAGAGGCUGGAACUCCAAACAGGCCAUGAUGGCAGUGGGCCGGGCAUUCCAUAUCGAUCAUUAACCAAGAAAAUGCCCCUACAGACUUGCCUGUAGGCCUGUCUGGUGGAGGCUUUCUUUUCUUUUCCUUCUUUCUAUUGGAGUUACUUUUUCCCAGAUGACUGGCUUGUGUUAAGUUGACUGACUAGCUAGCACAAUUGACCCCUUGUCAGCCUGACACAAAUCCAUCAUUAACAAGUCAUAACCUUCUCUCUUUUAUCUCCACGUUCUCAUGUUAACAUUACAAUGCAUCAGUUACCUAUUAAAGUUAACCACAGAGAAAGCACCAGAGUGAGUCAGAUGUGUGAAGAAUGAAAUGAAGCAAUUUCUGAAAUUAGUUUGACCAAGAGUGAGCUCAAAUUCAGCUCAUUUCUUUUUGUGUGUCUGUAAUUCCUGUUUGCACUUUGUCUGAUCUGUCUGUCCCUAUUGCCUGUGUCUGUUUUGUGUUUGUCUGAGUAUCUGUCCUCUGCAUUUCUUGAACAGCACAGAAAAGAAUAUGGGAAAGGAAUCUCUUUUUGUUUGUUUUGUUUUCCAAGACAGAACAACCUGUGUAGCCCUGGUUGUUCUGGAAUUCACUCUGUAGACCAGGCUGUCCUCCAACUCACAGAGAUCUGACUGCCCCUGCUUCCUGGGUGCUCGGAUCGAAGUGCCGCUAGUACCUGACAGGAAAGGAAUUCUUCACAGAAGUUAUUUUUGUUUUUGUUUUGGUUGAGUCUCAGCAUGUAUCCCUGACUGGUCUGGAACUCACUCUGAGUUUCAGAAUGUCUCAAACAUACAACAUUCUACCUGUUUGGUGAGGCAAAGAGGGGCAGUUAAUUCUCCAGUGUUCUUAUUCAUAGUUUGGUCAGAAUCGUGGUAAUGGGCAGGCAUGGGGCAAUUGUUUGCCCAGUAGUUAGUGUUACCAAAAUCCAGCCAAAACUGUCAGUGCCUCAUUGUCUUAGGAGACCUUAGGACUGGUCCUAGGAGUUGGCAUUUUUGUCUUUCAUAGGAAACUUUUACUGUUAUUAUUAUUAAACAUUUUUGAGACAGGGUUUCUCUGUGUAGCCUUGGCUGUCCUGGACUUACUUUGUAGACCAGCCUGGCCUCAGACUCAGAGAUCUGCCUGCCUCUUCCUCCCUGAGUGCUGGGGCUACAAGUGUGCGCCACAGUGGUUGCCCUGCUAUUAAACAUUUUAGAUGCCAUAUUCAGCAGACCUCUGAGAAGUUUGAGGGCCAUUGUCUAAUUUAUUGAGUGUACCUGAUUUUAAACAAGUUUUGAAACAGGGUUUUUCUGUGUAGCAUUGGCUGUCCUGGAACUCACUUUGUAGACCAGGCUGGCCUGAAACUCACAGAGAUCCACCUGCCUCUGCCUCCUAAGUGCUAGGAUCAAAAGCAUUUGCCACCACACCUACCUACUCCUUCUUUAAAGCAACAGAAAGCCUUUUUAAAACAAACAAAAUUUUAAAGUUGAUUUUAAAUUACAGACUUGCAGUAGUAGCAAAUUAAGAUGUGUAGAUUUUUAACUGUCAACUAAAAUUUUAAGCAAACUUUUGGUUAUAGGUUUUGUAUGUUUUUAACCAUAUUUAAUAAACUUAAAAGGUUUUUU